AUGUCCUCCUACGGUGCAUUCUAUUCGACGAAUCCAAAGACUCAUUCUACCUACGGUGUACCCCCCGAACAUCCCCCUAUUUCCGACUCGCAAACAUGUCCGAUGUCUUUUGCUCAUAACCUCAUGAAAUCAUCUCUCGCCCGAUGCGAGCAUGAAUAUGCACCACCUAAGAAAAGCGACGUACGUUCUGUCUGCCCUGCAUUGAACACUAUGGCAAACCACGGAUACAUUCCACGCGAUGGUCGUAAUCUAACCUUUUUCACGAUCUUCUACGGCCUAAAAGCUUGCUACGGUCUCUCCACACCCCUUGCUAUCGUGCUCACACUCGGAGGAUAUCUGCUCAUCGGACGGUUACCCAUCUGUUUACCAUUCAACGUCCCAAAACGAUUUGCCGUCCGUAAUCCGGAUGGAUCGACUAGUCAACCUGGCGUCCUUGACUUGCGUCUCAUCGACCGGCAUGGUGGCGUAGAACACGAUGCAAGCCUCGUGCACGCAGAUUGUCCGUCUAAUUUGAAAUAUCCCAACAUUGAAAUUAAUCACGAUUGGGUGGAGAAUCUGGUUGGUGACGUUUUGCCAGAGGUCAGGGGUUACGGGAGGACGAACGCGGCGUGUUCGGCUCAUAUCAAGGACGUGAAAGAAGACGAUGCGUCACCACCCUCUUUGAUCACACCACGGCUGGGAAUCAUUAAUCACUCUCGCGCGCCCAGCAGUUGCUCUUCAGAGACCAUCGUUGGUGAUGAUGACGGUGAUUUCGAUGAGGGAUGGAGGCGGUACGCGACCAAGGAGUAUCUUAAUACGCUGGUCUCGGCGGCGGAUGUUGGCAGGAUGCGUGCACGACGUGAGCGAGAAAUCGCACCGAAAGUGAUGGAUCCUGUGCACGCGGAGAUUGCACGAGGGGAGAUGGCUAUUAUCUUGGGCGUAUGGGAGCGGAGCGUAAGAAUCAAGGAUGACGGGAAGGUGAAGAAGGGUAUUCCUUUGCCAUACCUUCUGACGUGGUUAGGGGAGGAGCGACUUCCAGAAGGUUGGAAACCUGAUCAUGUGCAUGGUCUUUGGGCUGUCGUGAAGAUGAGUAAGGCGAUAAAGUCGACAGCAGAUGCAGUAGUCAAAGCAAGGUCCUAUUGA